AUGCUUCGACGACCCCAAAAGCUUGUGUACUUAAAUUUCUCUGCAUCUACCCUUCGCCUUCAGUCCUCCUAUCUGGUCACCUCUGUCAUCAUAUACUGGGUCAUACUUCGAGGAGCAUUGGAUGGAGACAUCUUCCUCGAGAAAUGUACCGUCAAGAAUGUUCAAGAGGUUACAACUGCUUUCAAGGCCGAACAUAGUGUUGAGCCAACAGAUGAACCCAAGUGCGCAACCAACGAGAUCGAUAUUGAGCGCGCUUCCAUCUCCAAAUGUAUGUCCUUUGACAUCGAGCACCCUUCGAUGUUGAAAGUCAAUCUGGCGACGGGGCAGCACACACCGAUGAUCCGCUGUCAUAUCGGGAUUACCGGUUUGAAGACCGCAAUCCCGCAUGAUCUCGAUGUCGUCGAGCCACUGCCCAUUGACCAUCUUCGCGGCGAAGAGAUGCGUGUCCACUCGACUGGUGACUGGUUCGCAAGUGCUCUCACUGUACUCAGCACAUCUUCCCAGACAAUGCUCUGGAAUUACAAAGUCCCUACCGCUAUCUUUGCCUUCUCACAGAGAGAGUCGAUUCUAUGCGGUGUGCUUGCGCUUCUUUGUAUUAUUGACGAAUCUGCUACUCCAGAGUGGGCCACUAAAUACAACGAUGAAGAAGAGGAGCGCGAGACUGUGAUGAGAAAAUUAAGAGAGUCCUCCCGGGCUAUGAUGAGAGAAAUGUCCUUGUCGCCAGCAGAGAAAGCCAAAGCAUUCCGAGAGAGAGUCAGCAAGAAACAUGAUGAGUGGUUUGAAGGCUUGAAUGCCAUCAGGAGAAGGGGCGCCCAAAGGGCCGACACCAGGAUCGUGGAGGCUGUUCAAAGUCCCAAGUGGGAUAACAAGCUCGUCGCUGAACACAACCUUCUAUGGCUGAAAUGGACAGGCCACGUGCAGGAAAGUCAUGACCUGAGAAGAGCGGUUGAAGUGCUGCUGUGGAGGAUGGUGAAAGAGCCACCGUUCGCUCGAGAUCUGGCCCACACGCUCGAUUAG